AUUAAGCAGCCACCUCCUCCCAGACUGCACUGCACCUGCAGGCCCUACUCUACAGCCUCCUGCCACCUGUCCAGAGCACUGAGCACCGAGCACUCCCAGCCAGGCUGUCCCACCUGCCUCAGUGCCAGCACCACCUUCCAUGGCCCCCGAAAUGGACCAGUUCUACAGGUCCACCAUGGCCAUCUACAAGAGCAUCAUGGAGCAGUUUAAUCCCGCCCUGGAGAAUCUGGUGUAUCUGGGCAACAACUAUCUCCGGGCCUUUCAUGCUCUGUCUGAGGCAGCUGAGGUAUAUUUCAGCGCCAUCCAGAAGAUUGGGGAGCAGGCCCUACAGAGCUCCACAUCACAGAUUCUGGGGGAGAUCUUGGUUCAGAUGUCUGACACCCAGCGGCACUUGAACUCAGACCUGGAGGUGGUGGUGCAGACUUUCCAUGGAGACCUGCUUCAACACAUGGAGAAGAACACAAAGCUGGACAUGCAGUUCAUCAAAGAUAGCUGCCAGCACUACGAGAUUGAGUAUCGCCACCGAGCGGCCAACCUGGAGAAGUGCAUGUCUGAGCUAUGGCGCAUGGAACGCAAGAGAGACAAGAACGCACGGGAGAUGAAGGAGAGUGUAAACCGGCUGCACGCACAGAUGCAGGCCUUCGUGUCCGAGAGCAAGCGAGCAGCCGAGCUGGAAGAAAAGCGGCGCUACCGCUUCCUGGCUGAGAAGCACCUGUUGCUCUCCAACACUUUCCUGCAGUUCUUGGGCCGGGCCCGGGGGAUGCUGCAGAACCGCGUGCUGCUAUGGAAGGAGCAGUCGGAGGCCAGCCGCAGCCCAUCGCGUGCCCACUCCCCAGGGCUGCUGGGCCCCGCGCUGGGGCCGCCCUACCCCUCGGGCCGCCUGACGCCCACCCGGCUGGACAUGCCCCCGAGGCCCCUGGGAGAGUACGGCUCCCCCCGCAGCCGGCACGGCUCCGGCUCCUACGGCCCCGAGCCCGCCGAGGCGAGGUCCGCGUCCCAGUUGGAGCCAGACCGCCGAUCGCUGCCCCGGACGCCGUCGGCCUCCUCUCUCUACGCUAGCAGCACCCAGCGUUCGCGGUCCAAUUCCUUCGGCGAGCGCCUGGGCGGCGGGGGCGCCAGGAGAGUCCGCGCCCUGGUCUCCCACUCGGAGGGUGCCAACCACACGCUGCUGCGCUUCUCGGCUGGAGACGUAGUUGAAGUGCUGGUGCCCGAAGCUCAGAACGGCUGGCUCUACGGCAAGCUGGAGGGCUCGUCCGCGAGUGGCUGGUUCCCAGAGGCCUAUGUGAAACCUUUGGAGGAGAUGCCAGUGAAUCCCAUGAGCCCUGUGGCCCCCAUGAAUUCCAUGGCCCCCAUGAGCCCAAUGAAUGAACUGCCUUCCAGGUCCUACCCACUCCGGGGCAGCCACAGCCUUGAUGACCUCUUGGACCGGCCAGGCAAUCCCACAGCAUCUUCAGAAUACUGGGAUAGUCAGUCCCGCUCCCGGACCCCGAGCCGUGUCCCUAGCCGUGCCCCGAGCCCCGCACCCCCGCCCUUGCCCAGCAGCAGGCGCAGCAGUGUGGGCAGCAUGGGGGCAGCCACCGAUGUCAAGAAACUUAUGUCCUGGGAACAGAAUCCCCCAGAGCUCUUUCCACGGGGUACAAAUCCCUUUGCCACCGUGAAGCUGCGUCCCACUGUCACCAACGAUCGCUCAGCACCCCUCAUCCGCUGAGGCGAAGCCUUCCACCGGGGCCUGAGGUGGCCCAGUACACCUGCACAGAGCUAUUCCAGCCGACGACAACAGCAGCAGCAGCAGCGGAUCCGAGAUGCCAGCCGCCAACCCAGGGGAUCAUUCUUACCCCUCUCCCCCUAGCCCAGGAUCUCCUUGAGGGCUGGGCUUGCAACAUGGAGCAGGCAGAAGGGGGUGGAGGCACAGAGCAGCUUGUUGCUUCCGGAACCCAAAGACUCUUCCGGGGAUCCAGCAUCUUGCCUUCCAUCUUCUUUCUCCCUGUGCCCCAAUGGGAAGCACCCCCUCUCCCACCUCUGUCCCAAUUGCACCCCUGUUUAACUUUUGUAAAUGAUAAAAAUAAAGGAAGUUGGCACAG